AUGCCUGGAGCGUUCGACGACAGUGAUGGAACCGCCGAGCCGAAAGAGCCCCUUUCUCCGCUCCAUGCGGCAGUUGAUGCGGAAGAUGUGGACCAGGUGCGCCAAUUGGCUAUCACUGCGGACCCUGUCGAUCUGACUGCCGCUCUAAGUCGAUCUUGCGAACGUGGUAAAAUAACCAGCGCCCAGGCUCUGCUUGAGACCGGGCGAUGUGAUGUCAACGCGGUGGUGGAAGGGGACACGCUCUUAUUCUCGGCCGCGAAAAAAGCCGAUUUGGCCAUAGUAAAAUCCCUGCUUCAGCACGGGGCCGAUGCCACAAUCAGAUCCAAGAACAAGCGGUCCGGAGAUAAACCCCCAGCUUUCACACCCCUACACGGAGUGGCGGACAGCACGCGUCCCUAUGAAAAGUUGGAAGACCUGCCCCGUUACGAAGAGCUGAUGCAGUUGCUGCUGGAUGCUGGGUGCGACAUCAAUGCACAGGAUGCCCACGGAAACACCGCGCUGCUGCUGUCCGUACACAAUGAGAUCGCCCUGGUCCCGUUUCUCUUACAACAUGGCGCGGACCCGAACAUCGCAGAGGACCGAGGAGGCACCUCUGCGCAUUUCCUCCACCACCCCCUAGACCAGCCAGAUUGGUUCAGAGGCCUUAUGGCGAAUGGGGCCCGCCUGGACAUCAUUCGAAGUGGAGAUGGCCAAACCCCGCUGCAUGCCUAUGCAUUUAAAUGUCAGCUGGGCGAUCUCUCAUUGUUCCAGCCAUUUGUGUCGGAUUGGAUGAUUACUGAUGGAAAUGGUAACACGCUUCUUCACACCGCCGUCGCGAGAUAUCAUCCCGGGAGCAAAACUAUAGUGGAGCUUCUAAAACUUGGAAUUGACCCGAACCAGAGGAACCAUAAAGGGCAACAGGCAAUUCACAUGGUUGAAGGAUCCGAACAAAAUGUCCAGGAAGUGUUGGACAUUCUGUGCGCAGCCGGUGCAGAUCUCGAGGCUAGAGAUUAUCAUGGAUGUACGCUUCUCACUAAGGCUAUGCGUGGCACCCCGCAGUGGAAUUGUCGCGAGCUACUUCCCUAUCUCAUCAGCCGCGGAGCCAAUAUCAACACGCAGGAUUAUAAAGGCAAUGGGGUUCUAUCCUAUCUGAUCCAACCAUACCAUUUCCGAUCGGAGUACUUAGACUUUUUACUGUCCCUUGGAGCAGAUCCAAAAAUGGUUAAUUACGAAGGAGACACGUUCCUGCAUCAUCUCGCAGCCAAUUUUGCCACCAUCAACCAAGAUAACGUUCUUUUAGCCAUGAUUCAACUUAUCAAAAUGGGCGUCUCCCCGACCAUUCAAAAUUUCCGAGGUUGGACGCCUCUGCAUAUGCUAUGCAGUCAGUCUUCGGACGAUUUUUUCGCAGCAACCGCAGAAGGAGGCAAGUGUGCUAUCGACCUACUCCUAGAUGCGGGUCUUGGUGUCGGUCUGAACAUGAGUGACCACCAGGGGAUUCGACCUAUCCACCUUGCUGCCACGGUUUCUGAGCACCUGGUCGGUAAAUUACUCGCUCACGGGGCCGAUGCCACUGUUUUAACAAAGGAUGGCCGCAAUUUAUUGCAUAUUGCUUCAACCGCGCGCCAAAGUAACUCCGUUGGGCUGAUUUUAGACCACUGCGACUCCAAGACGCUGGCUUCAAGGCUAAAUGCACGCUCGGAAGAUGGAAGAACACCGUUGCAUGUGGCUUGCCGCUCUGGAAGACUGGAGACGGUGAACAUUCUUCUCGCACACGGAGCGGAUGUCAACAUCGAGGAUAAGCACAACCGUACCCCUCUAGAUGCAUGUUCCGAGUCCAUUGCCGAAGACCAGCUCUGGCAGGGGGCCGAUGACCAGGAAAACAUGAUGAACACGUGCUCCGCGGCAGGGGUUUUGGCAGAAGACAGCAACCGACCGAAACAGCCCACAUCGAAGAUGAAAACGCCGCGUCACAACACCAAAAGUUUGGGGUGGAAAGGAGAAAUCACAUCUGAAAGUUCGACACUCGGAAUUGGACGAAUUGUGCGAGCAUUGGCGUCUCAUGGAGCCUUGGCAUAUGAAAAGAAUUUUGGCACUGGUCCCAUGUAUUAUGCGGUUGCCGAGGGAAAUGAGGAGAUGGCCGUGGAAUUGGACCGGUUAUCAAGAGAAAUGAGCAUUGAUAUGGGAAAUUUCCGCUUUGUUAAUACUGAAUUCUAUCUGCUGCGCUCUAAGCAUCUCCCAGACCAACUCCGGGAGCAAUUCAAGGAGUAUGUUUCUGAACAUAAUGUGCUCCCAAUGAUCUUACUCGGCUACCACCAUGAGGUUGCACAGGCGCUGGAGAAGAACGCUUCCAUUAUCGAGGACAAAUCAUCAAUGCCAGCGAUCAUGGCUUCGCUCGCGCGGUGGGGAUUUUCAGAGCUCUUUGGCCGGAUUGGCAGCACCAUAACCGGCAACUGGAUCAACGGCGGCGACACUAAUCUUGGCAGCGGAAAGAUGACUCCGUAUCUUCUAGCGGCUGGCCAGCGAGACCUUCCUAAUCUAGAUGUCAUUCAGGUCAUGGUCGAGAAGUUCAACGUGGAUGUUAAUAUCAGAUUUGAAGCGGACAUGGUCGAUAAACCUAGGGUAUACUACCAAUCAACGAUGGCACUGGCUCGGCAUUAUAAGCCAGGUGACACGAUCCUUCACCAACUGGCCCAAGGUACGCACUGGUGGUAUAAAGGAGCCAUUCGGUACCUCCUGGAACACGGGGGCGACCCCAACGCCCGAAAUGACCAGGGCAAGACGCCUUUAUGCAAUGCCGUUUCACGGCGGGAGCUGGGCGGCCACCUCCAGCUCGAAAUCACCAGAAUCUUGCUGGAGGGCGGCGCCGAUCCUAACAUCCCUGCGACGUGUGGCUAUACUCCGCUUGCCAUGUCGGCGCAUGACAAGCAGUUGUUCGAAUUAUUGAUCGAACAUGGAGCAUAUCCCUCUCAGGAUCACCCCAUGGAACUUUUCGUUGCAUUGUAUAGUUUCAACAAAGACGUGGUCUCCGCUCUUUUGGAAAUGGACCUGGACUGCAACACGACGGUGUUAUCCGAUGCGCAACCACAUUGGCACACGCACCGUUUCAAAAAGGUUGCAGUGAACAGCGGGCUCAUACUAAGCCCUCUUUUUUACAUCUCAAUGCUACCAUUCAACGAAGCCAACAGCCGCGACCACGCCUGCAGGAUGAUUCGAUUCCUACUAGAACGCGGUGCAGAUCCCUUCCUGCCUUGCGAUGCGAACGACGUGGUUCUACACCAGAUUUUCGCCAGCGGAGGAAUCAUCCAACCGUGGCUAGAUAUGCCCAACCUUGACCUCGAACGACGCGAUUCUACAGGAAGAACGCUGUUGCUGGCAGCGGCGGGCUGUGUGACUGGAACCGACUCGUAUGCCUGCUCGGUCUCGGCGUACCCACUCCGAGGUGGACAGCUUGGACCGGCGUUCUGGAAGGAGGGUGACCUGACGCGUGCAAUGAGCCUGUAUGAACGGGGAGCGGAUUUGAGCGCAGUAGAUUACGAGGGCAACAAUGUAUUGCAUUAUCUGGCUGAUGUUGACUGCUCUAAUGACCAAUUUGCGUCGAUUGAAGUGAGACGGACGUUGGCAUUGUUUGUGGAUAAAGCCCCAGAGUUGGUGCAACAAACCAACGUGCAUGGGCAGACGCCCUGGUCGAUUGCUGCGGAGAAGAAUUUCGAGGAGUUCAUGGAGAUUUUGAGGACGGAUAUUGCGCGCGCGGGAUGA